GGACAACAUUGGAGGUGACACACAACAUUGGCUCUUCCUAAAACCUUUUUUGAAACUGCUGACUCUCUUGACACGCUGACGCCGUUUUGUGUACAUUUUUCAUUGUGAUACUAGUCCAGAUAAAUAUAGAUAUUUAUACAUUCAGUCUCACGUUUCUCCUCAAACACGCAGCCUGAUUUCAUCCAUCAGCCACCAGUUGUUAGGCUGCAAGGUCCAUUCAUUCUACAGAACUCGAUGGACUCUUCACUGUCAGAGAUGUAAACUGGGGAUCGAAAAGUACAUCCAGACAUCCCUUAAGAGGAGGUCAAAAUGUCUUCUGAGGAGGAUACUACUUCAUCCUCUUCUUCCCCACCUCCCUCAUCUUCCUCACCUCCCCCUGCCCUUCACUACAUUGGGAGGAAGGAGGACAUUGUGAAAGCAGGGCGUGUGACCAAGCUGGUGAACGGAUGCAGAGAUAUUCUGGUCCUGUACCACCAGGGACAGCUUCAUGCAAUGGACAUGCAUUGCUACCGUAAGCACAGUGUCUAUGAUUCAGGUGGCGCACUUCAGAAUGGAGACAUUGAGGAGUUUAAUGGAUUGCUGUGCAUCGUGUGUCCAUGGCACAAGUAUAAGAUCACACUGGCAGAAGGUGAAGGACUUUAUCAGGCUGUGGACGAUCCUACAGCAAGACCCCUGAGAACACACUGGCGCUCCAAGGGUGUCAAACAGAGAAUUCACAAGGUCACUGAGGUCAACGGAGAUGUGUUUGUAACACUAAAUGAAAGCAGCAAGGCCAUCGAGUCAGAUGUCUACCAAACUGAGAAAUACAGGUCUUUGUUCCCAAAGGCCCGUCAUAAACCCGAGCCCAGGAAAUAGACUAACACUCAGGGAUUGAUCAACCAAGAACACUGAAAUUCUUCAGGGAAGUUUUGGGGAGGUAUGUUUACAGCAUAUCACCAGUCCAUUGGAUAUGUUUUACACAACUGUUAUUGUAAUAAAUAUAGCUGGAAUCAAUUUACCAUAAUCUCAUAGUUUUAUAUCCAUAAAAACUAUUGAGGAACUAUGUACAAGUGAUUGCGGUGUAAGAUGGGUAAAGGACUAAACAGAAGUUACAGAAUGAUUUUUGCUUCAACUGGAAACCAAGAGUUUUGUUCUGUUUACAUGUUGGAUCAUUUGUUCUUGCUCUGAUGGCAUUUAUGAAGAUUAUUACAGCUUAUUCAAAAUAAACUAAAAAUACUAUCCAACAUUGGGGUUUCUAACCACCAUUUUUCAUUAGGAAUAUUAUUAUGAUGUCAAUGUCAUUUAUCAUUAUUCACAGCUAUUUUUUUUCACCACUUCAGUCUAAUAUGAAUCAUAGGGCUCUGAUCAGAUUGUUUUGCACCUUUCUGAAAAUAUUUGCAUAUACAAUAAAGGAGUUGAAGUUCAGAUACCUCUGUUUUGUUCUGUAAAAUUAUGCAAUGGAGGUCUCAUUAGAGUAACUGGUUGAUUAUUAACGUGAUUUAUUAUAAAAAAAAGUAUUGCUCCAUUUAUCACCUGCAGAAAGGGUAUCCUCAAUGAUAAUUGUAAUUAUCAUUGAUGUUAUUUAUUAAGCACAAAUCAAUCCAAUUUUGUAGUUUAUGUGUUUUUUGGGGGGGGGGGUUUUGCUGGAUUUUGUUUGAGUCAUUUAUAAAUUUUCUAAAUAUAGACUUUGGUUUGAAAAGCCAUUUCAUAGCUGGUAUCAGCAAGCACUUAUAAAUGGUUUCAAGCUGUAUUUUUAAUUGUAUUUAAUAUUAAUUUCAAACAUUGCAUAAUCCAAACAAUCGAUCAGGAAAUAACUGUCAGAUUACUGAAAUGGAAAAACAACCAUAAAUUAUAGCCUUGCCCAAAAUGUGUAUAUGAUGGCAUUUGGUGUACGAUUACAUCAUUUAUAAGUACAGUCACUUACCUUUUAAUGAACUUAUUAACUCACACUGGUUUGAACUGUGACAGAAAUAAAUAGUUUCACAAUUCUUGACCAACUGUUGACAUGAUAAAGUUGUAAGUUGUCCAAACACCACUAACAAGAGCAACCAUGACAAUAAAAUGACAGGUAUUGUACUUCACUUGAGUGCUUCCAUUUUGUUACUCUGCUUAAAUUGCCCAGAUUUCGAGAUUUCCGAAGACUAGAUUUUACUACACUACAUUUGAUGAAAUCCAUAGUUACUACCGACUUUGCUGAUCUAAAUCUAGAAUCUAAAACCAUUUCAGUAGAAAAACACAUGCUUUUAGUGAGUUUAUGAAGAAUAAACUAGUAAGGAUUAGCUCUGUUACAACCAACCACAAUAGUAUUAAAUGUCAUCAAAUGUAGUGUUUUAAAAUCUAGUCUUCUGAAAUCUCGAAAUCUGGGCAAUUUAAACAGAGUAACAAAAUGGAAGCUCUCAAGUUAAGUAUAAUACCUGUCAUCUAAUUGUCAUGGCUUCUCUUGGUAGUUUUUAUGCAAGAGCCAUUACUGCUCUCAACACUGUUUGAGCAUUUCUUUUAAUAGUGACUUUGUGCAAUAUAGUCAAGUGCAAUACACAAGUGCAAUGAUAACAUAAACUGUGCAAUAAUAAGACUGGGAAAAAAUUUACUCGCAAGUGUGAACUUUGCUGCUCCGUGAUUGAUUAGUAUGUUGUGUGUGUAUGACAGUGUUUUUUUUUUAUUCCUGUAUUUAUUACUUUUUGUACAUUGAUUGUUUGUAUCUCUUUUAAAUGGUACCAAAUGAGGACUGCACCUUUCAAUUGUGUUGUACUUGUUGCAAUGACAAUAAAGGCGUUCUAUUCUA